UAAAGACGAAAAGCUAAACGUGCUUUCAAGGGCUGUGGCCCUUAGGUCAAAGAAACGUAAAAGACAAGAAGACAAUCAAUUAAUAAAUAGCAACAGAAAAAUGAAAAAAUUGCAACAAACAGAAACCAAGACUCCUUCUGGGGAGAAAGAAAACUCUACUUUACCUCUAGCAAAGUCAAAUAUAUUUGCUGCUAACAUACAAGCCGAGGUGUCUCAAAGACAAACAUCUAACAAUAAUCUUAAUGAAAAUUGGGCAGACGAAAUUGAAGAAGUAAUUGAAACACAGCCUAGUACAUCUGUUAUGAAGAGUAUUAGUGAACUGGAAAAUUCUCUGGAUAUUACUCAUGAAAAAAAUUUAGAUAGAGGAAAUGAGCUUGCAGUUAAAAAUACAGAAAAUCGGGUCUUGGAUGACCCAGAUCAAAUGCAAUCUCGUACAGAUCUUUUACAUAUGGAAACAUAUGAUACUGACACAAAUUCGGUAACUCAUUACACAAGCCCUAUUUCAAGUUUCUCAACAAAUAAAGACAACCCAUACAGAAACAAAGACUCUCCUUAUAGUCAAACAGAAUCGAUAAUACAAAACAAUACACUUGAUAGCCAACAGGAAGAAUUAUCUGAUUUUGAUAUUAAUGAAACAGAUAAUCACAUCACAGAUCUUGAAACUCUGUUACAAGAAAAGAAAAACUAUGAAAAUUUAAAUACAACAAAUAACAAUACUACUAAUAUGGACACAGAUGACAUUCAUCAAGAGUUACCAUUUACACUAGUUAAUAAUAAAAGAAAAAAUAAAAAAAGUAUCAACAUUAUUCGCAACAAUAAUCGACCUAUCCCUUAUGCAAAUCAGAGCAAAAUUUUAGGCAAAAAUCGCUUCAAGUAA